UUACAUUAUCAUUCAACAAGCCGAUUUGAAGAAAUGACAGUGAACCAUUUGCCUUUUAGAGAUAUGGCUGAUGAUGAUCUUGAUAUAGCCACGCAUGUGGUGACAGCAAUCCUCUAUGGAGCAGAUGCCUGCUUUGUGUUUGACAGAGAAGUUUCCUCAGAUGAGGACAAAAGCAAAGUAGAAGGAGAAGUAAAAGUGGCUCUUGAGAAACUACAGGGUGCUGUUUCAGUGGGUGCAAAUGCUGAUCUAAAGGUGAAUCACAGUCAGCAAACUGCAGUCAAAAAAUUCACAUGUACAUUUUAUGGCGACUUUCAGCUGCCGUCUAACCCAACGUCUUUUGAAGAUGCUUUGAAAAUUUUCACUGAUCUUCCAGAACUGCUGAAAGAUAAUCAAGAGCUGGCGAUUCCACUGAGAGUUUGGCUUUAUCCUCUGGACAAACUUCACAAAAGAGCUUCAAAACUUCAUAAAGACAUCAGCAUAGAUCUGAUCAUGAAGAUAGAAUCAGUGAUUGAGAGUUUAAAUACAGCUGAGAUGAAAUGCAGUGAUCUUCUGAAAGACUCGCCUGCUCAGACAUUUGCUGCAUUUCAUGAUAAAAUACUGAAAAUGAAGCAAAACUGCUACAUGUACAAGUUGAGGCUCAUGAAGAAUCUCGGCUCUUUGCUGCCAAACAUCCGUGGAGAAGUGAUGAAGGAAACCGCACUGAUUGAUCUUCUACAAGAACAUGACACAUCGCCAUUCAGAAGAAGUGAUCUUUCAGAAUGGCUGAAAGAGAGAGAAAGAGAGUCUGUGAUCAUAAAAACAGUCCUCAGACAGCUGAAUGAUUAUGGUGCGCAGGUGGAAGUUAACACAGAUGCCAUCUUGAUGGAUCUUGAGGUUGGGAAUCUGGUCAGUUACACAUUCACAUCACUGAACCACUCAGAUGUGCUUCUUCUUCAACAAGCUGCCUAUCUGAGUCCUUCAAAACAAGGAGAAACUGAUGAGAAGAGCCCUGAUUUCAAGCAAACGCCUUGGCUCACUCCUGAGACCCAAAAGUCCAUGAGGAGCUAUUUGGAGAUAUUUAAGAACUUAAUUGAUUCAGAAGACUGUAAACCAGCCACGUUUAUUGUGUCCUCAAAUGAAAUGGAGGAUAAUCCUGGUUCCUGCAUUGUUCUGUAUGAAAAUGGAUGUGAUAAAGCUCUUUGCUUUAUUCCUCCAUCCAAACCAGCCUGUCCAAUCACUGAAGAGGUCAAAGGUCAGAGUGUGGUUCUGAAGGUGUUUCCUCCAUCAUGUCCUGCUACAGUGGGGCUCAGAUUACUGUAUAAACCGAAGCAGGACACAGUUUGGAGAUCUGAACCUGUGCUGAAGGAUCAAGACACAGUUACUCUGACUGAUCUGAGAGAAGAAACUGAGUAUGAGAUCAAAUGUGGAGCGGUGGGGAAACUCAACUACACCAUAUACAGUGAUGUGAUCAGCGUUACCACAGGGGUAAGAUGA